GACCAUUUACACCACACCUCAUUAUCCAUAGAGAUUGUCACACGGCAUCAUGGCGGACGCACAGAAGCAAAUGCAGGCGCUUACGGAAGAGUUUCAGACGUUGCAGACUGAGCUUGACGGUCUAGUCGAAGCGCGCCAGAAGCUCGAAUCACAGCAGCAGGAGAACGUCGGCGUUCAGAAGGAGUUCAACUCCCUUGACGACGAGUCGAACAUUUACAAGUUGAUCGGACCGGUUCUGCUGAAGCAGGAUAAGAAUGAGGCUAUGAUGGCUGUCAAUGGACGUCUUGAGUUCAUUGAGAAGGAAAUCAAGCGCAUUGAGGGACAGAUUCAGGAGAACCAGGACAAGGCAGACAAGAAGCGCGCUGAGAUCGUUCAGUUCCAGACUCAGAUGCAACAAGCGGCGGCGGCUGCUUCUGCUUGAAGAUAGACGGAUCAUUGUUACCAGUACUAUAGGUAGAAGACACUGGCUAUCUUAUCACACGAUGAUAACGAGGAGAUAUAAUUGUUAGUGAUGGCGGAUGAGAAAGAGCAGCCAAGGUACCUGACCGGUUCAAAGGCGAUGAUGCACGUCGCCUCGGAGGUCCUGCGAAAUAAAGAAGCACCGACGGCAGAGCUACUUUUGGGUGCGAUGGCCAAUGAUGGCCCAGCACAACGAGGUUGGGAGGUUCUAUAUACCCUUGUUAAUGAUCGUUGCGAACAUUUCAGAAGACUAUACGGAUGCGUAGUCAAUCGGGCCGUCUGUCGACCGAAGGGUGGCACCUACCCUGUGUGGGUGCUAUGGUUGAUUGGAAUCACGAUGGAUACGAUGUACCCCUCAAGGCACAAUUAGAAGUACAUUUGUAUAAGAGCAUGGAAGAGAUUCAAAAUAAACAAAAUUCUGUUCUAUC